GCUCCACCAGCGGGGGGACGGCGGUGUUUCUCUCGCUUCCUGAUUCCUCAACGAGAGUCGCUGUGACAUCUAGAAGACGGAGCGAUCAGUAGUGAACACAGAUCCUCUCUGGACCCGCUGAAUCCACAAACCUGCUUGUUUGCUGUCAAAUCCGGUUCCUGGACGGACGCAGAUUCAUUAAACAGAGCUCCGGACCCGCUGGUUCCUCCCGAGUCCUGAUCCUCUGCAUCCGACCAUGGGCACAGACAUACACUGACUCUGACUGACACCAGUUAUGGGAACCCAACAGACUUGGUUCCCCAGGGCACACUGCCAGGACAGCAAAUCUUCUGAUCCAGACCAGGAGAGGGAGAAGCUUUGGGCUGAGCUGUUUGAUCAGCUGGACCUCAACAAAGAUGGACAUGUCGAUAUCCUUGAACUGCGGACAGGGCUGGCAGGCCGAGGGAUUUCCAAAGGCUCCCUGGAGAGGCUCGUGAAGGCUGGGGACACCAACCAGGAUGGAGUACUGGACUUUGAAGAGUUCACGCAGUAUCUUCGCACCCAUGAAAAAGAGCUCAAAAUCAUGUUUCGUAACCUGGACAGGAACAAUGACGGUCACAUAGAUGCAGGGGAGAUCCAGCACUCUCUGCACUCUAUUGGUGUGAACAUUAGCCUUCAGGAUGCCACCAGGAUUUUGCAAAGAAUGGACAAAGACGGUACCAUGACCAUUGACUGGAACGAGUGGCGAGAUUAUUUCCUGUUUAACCCUCUCAGUAACAUGGAGGACGUAGCACGCUACUGGAAACAUUCAAUGAUGUUGGAUAUAGGUGAGCAACUGACCAUCCCAGAUGAAUUUUCUGAAGAGGAGAAGAAGUCUGGUUAUGUGUGGCGGCAGCUCAUGGCUGGAGCCAUUGCUGGGUCUGUAUCUCGGACUGGAACUGCCCCCUUAGACCGCCUCAAAGUCUUCCGACAGGUUCACGGUUCCACUGAUUUUACAGGGAAUGUGCGGAGCACUUUUCAGUACAUGGUGAAAGAAGGAGGAUUGCGGUCGUUGUGGAGAGGAAAUGGAAUCAAUGUUCUUAAAAUUGCCCCAGAAACUGCAAUCAAAUUCACAGCUUAUGAACAGAUCAAGAAUGUGAUGCGUGGCGGUAAUGAGAGUAGAAAUCUGAGGGUUACUGAGAGGUUUCUUGCCGGCUGUUUGGCUGGUGCCAUAGCUCAGACAGCCAUCUACCCAAUGGAGGUGCUCAAGACCCGUCUCACACUAAGGAAAACGGGCCAAUACUCAGGAAUAGCAGACUGUGCAAAACAGAUCAUACAGAGAGAGGGUGUCACAGCCUUCUACAAGGGCUAUUUACCCAACAUGCUGAGUAUUGUGCCUUACGCUGGCAUCGACCUGGCUGUCUACGAGACUCUGAAGUUUGCCUGGCUGAACAGGAACAGAGGUUUGGCUGACCCAGGGGUUAUGGUACUGGUCGGCUGCGGUGCUGUUUCCAGCACCUGUGGACAGCUGGCAAGUUACCCGCUGGCACUGAUCCGCACCCGGAUGCAGGCACAAGCUUCAGUGAAGGGAUCCCCUAAACUCUCCAUGUCGACGUUACUCUACAACAUCAUGACCCAGGAGGGGGUGGCUGGACUUUAUCGAGGAAUUUCCCCUAACCUGCUGAAAGUCAUCCCUGCUGUCAGUGUGUCCUACGUCGUCUACGAAUACACGAGGAUAGUCCUGGGAGUGGACAUUGAGGGUGAUGUAUAGAGAAGAUAAAGGAUUGAUAGGAGGACUGAUCCAAUUGACCCUGAAGUCGCUGCACACAGGUGGAGUUACAGAGUCAGGACUUUGAUUGACUCAUCUUAAACCAAUGUUACAAAUACUAAUGUAGAGAAAUAAUUACCAAACAACAGCAGAAAACUACUGAACUGAAGCACAACAGAGGACUUUAUAUUUUACAGGAGUGAAACUGACACAGCCAUAUCAAGCAAGUAGGACCCUUGAUAACCUCUCAUGUAAAAUUCUUAUGUUUUAUAAGUCUUCCUGUUCAGAGAGGUGUGUUUGUGUCUUUUUUUCUAAUGUUUGAAACACACUACUGGGUCCAGUGCCACAUAGUAUUUUCAUAAACUGUAUGUAUAUACACUAUGGUAAAGGGUUUGUCUGUAUCAUGAAACAAUAACAAAUGCUAUUUAAUGCCAAUGAACAUUUUUAAUGUGUCAGUAUUUAUUAUAGAAUAUGCUAAUAAACCCAUGCAUUGGGCUGCUUUUGUUAAAAAAA